AAGGGCUUAUACCUACAAAAGCUGGGGACCACAAGGACUGCAUCAUUUAAAACUACGCACACCAAUUUAACGAAGCCAAAAAGUAAUAUAUGUACCACAAACUAGACAACUGUGAGUGUAAGAGUUAGCACUUAAACAAGACCUUAGUCAAAUGACAGACUUUUGAAAUUGAUGAUGCGCAAAACAAUCUGAGGAAGUGGCCAAUAGGUGAAGUGAGUGGAUGAUGAGAUCCGGAGCACUCGAAAUUGAGGAAGAUACAACACAUUUAAAAAUCUCUAAAACUGGAAAGUGCUGAGGAAACUCACUUUGAGGUACUACACAAAAAUACCUUGCAUUCCAUACAAAACAUAAGAGUUCACAAAAUUGGAUCACAGAGAAGAAAUCUAGAUGGGUACGAACAAAGAAGCGAGUGCUGAGCAGUCAGAACCUCAGAUUGAAGAGGACAUGGAACUGUCUCCUGAACAAAACAGUCCGGUUGAUCAAGACCCACAACAACAACCAGAGGAUGGCAAGCUACUCAACACCUACAAGUGGCACACAGGGGCCAAGACAGAGACGGCUGCACAGGGGGCUAUCGAGAAGCUGGAGAAAGGGGCUUCGAAUAAAUGGAAUAAAAUGCAGAGUUGGCGCAAAGCUCUGAGUGAAGAUGCGGGGGAAAAGUGUUCGACUGCACCUCGAGGGGCCGAAAGCCCCUCCAAAGCAGACAAGCCAGCAACUUCAAGGAAAAACCCUUUCCGCAGAGCUCUUUCAGAGCCACCAGGGUCCCUUCUAUCUUCGGUCCUAAACUCCUCUUCGGCAUCUGGGUCCUCCAGCGCACAGGCAUCAGGGACCACGGUCCAGGACACAACGCAGAGGGGUAAAAUAAGAAAGUACUUGCAAACGGUCUCACAGAAGUUCAAGAGACAGCGUCUACAGAGUACUCUUGUUGCAGAGCAUGACAAAGAAAAGUGUGAGCCUGAGAAUGUGGCCCAAGAACCUGUUCGGCUCUCCUGGGCCCCCCCACAAGACGUUCCUGUUUGGGAUAUUAGCAACUGUUUUCUUCAAGAUGGACAGAUCCUUAUCCCACGUGAGGAGGAGCCACUGAUGAGGGUACGGAACCGGGCCAGCAGUUGUCUCUCCAGCGUCAGUCUCCAGAACAUCAGUGGAAGUCACACGGAGCUAAAUCCAGAUCCUGUGGUUCCCCAAAGUGGUACCAAAAUAAAAGGGCAAGAUGGUGGUGUCAAAAACUUAAUCAAGCGCCGCUUACAGGGUGACGAUAAACGGAAAAGCAGCACGCAGCUCAAUACUGCAGGACUUAGUGUUGCUGCAAGGUACGGUUCCAAAGAAUCUUUAUCCAUUCCAGUCAGCGCUGCAAAAAGCCUGGAUCUGAGUGCAGACCAAACCACCGUCAUCAGGCCAGUCCACAGCUCUAUUCUAGGGGAAAAGUACUGUUUUCAGGUCAUAAACUCAGAGAAUAACCACUGCUUUGGGUGCAGUUCAGCUGCAGAAAGAGACCGCUGGAUUGAAGACUUGCGUCGUGCUGCUCAUCCAAAUAAGGACAACUGUGAGCGUACUGAGAACUCCCUGAGCCUUUGGGUUAACGAAGCAAAAGACCUUCCCCCAAAGAAGCGAUAUUAUUGUGAGGUCCACCUUGAUGGCACACUGUUUGCUCGUACUAGUACCCGGGCCGUGGGGAAGUCCGCCCAACGCUCCAGUCAAGCAGUUGAAGGAGGAUCUGGCGCAGCUGGUGCGGGCCAUGGUGGUAGUGCUGCAGGAGGUUGCCAGCUAUUCUGGGGCGAAUUUUUUGAACUUGAAAACUUGCCCCCUGUCACCCAGAUCACCCUGCACCUCUUUAGAGAUGAAGACUCCAAGAAGAAGCGCCAUUCCAAGGAUGACUCUAUUCUGCAUCCUAUUGGAAGUGUGGCUCUUGCUUUAGCAGACAUAAAAGGACGGGCCUAUCAAGAGAAAUGGUAUCCCAUCGUUCCCUACAAACCCCCAGGAACAAGUGCUGCAAAGGACCAAGUUGGACCGCAGGCUUCGAUUCGAGUCAAGGCCAGAUUUAAGAACCUGAAAAUUCUACCUAUUGAGAGGUACAAGGAAUUUGCAGAGUACGUCACAUUGGAUUAUGUGGGUAUGUGCAGCAGCCUGGAACCUCUUCUCAAUGUACGGGAGAAAGAAGAACUGGCAGGAGCACUUGUUCAUGUGCUCCAGAGUAUUGGGAAAGCCAAGGAGUUCUUGAUUGAUCUUGGUAGUGCAGAAGUUCAGCGCUUGGGAGAAAAUGAAGCUUUGAUUUUCAGAGAGAAUACACUGGCUACAAAGGCUAUUGAUGAAUAUAUGAAAUUGGUGGGCCAGAAGUAUCUCAUAGACACACUUGGCGACUUUAUAUCCAGAUUGUAUAAUGGAGGAGAGAGCUGCGAGGUAGACUCUCUAAAAUGCUCUGCCUCUGAUCUACCAAUCAACCAGAGACAUCUAAAGGAGACAUGUGGGGAUGUUGUAAAGAGAAUAACUGACAUGCAUGACUCAUUCCCUGCAGAGCUGAAUGAAAUUUUUUCCAGUUGGGUAUCAAAUUGUGAGGAGCGAGGUCUAACGGACAUCGGACACCGUCUCAUAUCAGCAUCUCUGUUUCUUCGAUUCUUAUGCCCAGCGAUCCUCAGUCCAUCACUUUUCGGCCUCACCCAAGCCUAUCCAGAGACAAACACCCUUCGCACUCUCACUUUGACAGCCAAGGUCAUUCAAAACCUUGCAAACUUCACCUUAUUUGGCGAAAAGGAAGAGUACAUGUUUUUUAUGAAUGAGUUCCUAGAACAACACUGGGAGCCAAUGCGAGGAUUCUUACAGAAAGUAUCUGAUCCAGACAGUGAAAUGGCCAUGGCUCGAUUUGAUGGCUAUGUAGACCUGCCCCUUCGUCUAGCGGUCCUUCACAAUCUCCUGGUCAAUAUUAUCUCUGUAAUGAAACAGGACCAAAUAGACAACCUACAACCCUUGCCUUCAAUCCUGAACCAAAUCACAGAAUUCCUUGACCAUGAUGCCCAACGGAUCCCUGUUAGCAGCAGUCAUGGAACACCAAAGCCUGUAUAUUUACCGCCAAGGGAUCUCCCCAAGUACAGUCCAUUACAAAACUCCAUGCAGCAGCUUCCCAUAGACUCAAAACCCAACCAAGGCAAAGAUCGUCAGCGGAAGCAGGUGCAACGGGCUUUCAGUGUCCCCAACAGACCAUCCCGGCAACAGAGGCAACUAGUAAAGCGGCAGGCAAGCAAUGAAGAGCUACCUACACAGUGUCCGGACCAAUCUCCCAAUUUGGAAAUUACAUUACCCAGCAAUUCCACGAAUUCCAAAAGCAAAGCAGCAAAAGUACUCUGGAUCAAAGACAAAGAUGGCAAUGAGCCCCAUCAAAUAACAGGACAAGAGCAAGAGGACACAAGCACAUUAGAUAGGCAUGCGCAAGAGUUGGCUGAGCUGCGAAUGGGCGUGGAGCAGGUGACAGAGCGUGAGCUGGAAAUGGCCAAGCGGUUAGAAGACUUCAUAGUUAUGACCCAAGACCAGAAUACACAGCUACAGGCAGAGGUUCAGGAACUUCGUAAUCUUUUAGCCAUCCGUGAGGAACAGCUGGCCAGUGCAACAUUCAGACUGGGUGUCAUAGAAGAGGAGAGGGAGGAAGACGAAAGAAAGCUAAAUGUCGCUGUGGCUGCAGUUGAACGCAUGAAUGUUUUGGAGGAGCAGUUUGCUGGGUUGUUGAAAGAUGUGCACCAACUCUAUGCAGUUAAUGCUGAUGGCAUAAGACAGACUUACAUCAAUACCUGAUGCAUCAUAGAAAGUACUGGUGUGGUGCGCUAAAUGAUAACAUUUUGCAUUGCUAGUUGCUUUAGUCAGAUUUCUUUUAUUCAUUGGCAACACUGCGCUUACAUAGCUACCUACCUGUAACAAUUCAACCAAAUCUAAUUAUCACUGCAAUAAUGAAUUAUAGUUACAAUUAGCAAAAUAAAAUGGGACACCAAUUAAUGGAUUUAUUCAUUUGUCCUGUUCUUUUAGUAUAGAGCUGCAUAAGACCUACCAACUGUUUUUACAAAUAAAAUGUGCAUUAACCAAA